AAAACCACAAAUAUCUGAAUAUCUACUGUAGAAACCACAAAGGGAAAGUGGGAAAAUAUGUUUCUGCAAUUUGGGCAAAUUUACCCAUUUAGCUAGAAAUUCCACAAACAUCACAUUCAGGAUUUAAGUGUUCACUCAUUUCAGCUUCUUCUGAAGGGAGCAAGAGGAAGGUCAAGUCUGAGAAGAACCACACUGCUGUCUGCAGACCAGACUGUGGCUGAAGGGGGUCUGAGAGCGGAUAGGAGCCAGAACUGCAGAGCAGAAGGAGGCAGAUUUGGUUUCACCCCUGGGUGUGCUGUGUGGAGGUCUGCUUCUCACACCAGGGCAAACAAUAUUUCACCAUGUGGUAUGAACAUGCAGACCUGCCCAGAGGAUUUCACCACUAAACUCCUAAUGAUGGAAAAUUAACGCUCCAGUGAACUGAGCUAAAUGCCCCUACUGACAACAUUUCCAAACUAUUUACAGCAUGGGUCUAAAAACAGCAAGUGAAGGGAUCACUCAGGAUGUAUUUCUGUUGGUUUGGACAUAAUGAGGAAAACCUGUCAGACGCGUUUUGUUAUUAUUUCCAUGAAGGGCAGGAGAUGAAAUAGAGAGGGAAAUUGUUAAGAAAACGACUGGUGAUAAAAUACCGUGAGCUAUAAUUAGAAAUCAAAAAUGCCUGUCAGACCCAGAGCAGCAACAAGUGGGAUUUGAGAUUGGAGACAAAUUUCUACACAGCGUUCACCUGAUAUGAGGAAACCAAGUACUGAAUGGAGAGGGGGUCUUUACACACAAUUUACAGACUCCUCCCAGACAUGCCUGGAAGAAAACCUCUUGUCACAGUAGGAGCUGGCCACUGACAGAGCUUCCAUCCACGCAGACUGAUGUUCAACAAACCCUGAUUCCGCAGGGUUUUUUACGCGCAUUGAAAAUGAGAGCCUUUGUUUCGACAGUGUUGUGGGUGAUAACAAUACCCUGCAUGGAAGCCAUCCACGGAUUAUACAAUUUUGGCCAGCAUGACUUAUACUACAAAAAAAAUAACUGCAAGCCAAUUCCCGAAAAGUUCCUCCUGUGCCAUGAUAUAGAGUACACAGAGAUGCGCCUCCCAAACCUGCUGGGCCACGAAACCAUGAAUGAAGUCCUGCAGCAAGCUUCUUCCUGGAUCCCUCUGGUUCAGAAGCAAUGUCAUCCCGACACACGAAAGUUCCUCUGCUCCCUUUUCGCUCCCGUCUGUCUGGACGAUUUGGACGAGCCCAUACAGCCGUGCAGGUCUCUGUGCGAGAGCGUCAAGAACGGCUGCGAGCCCGUGAUGUCCGCGUUUGGCUUUCCUUGGCCAAAGAUGCUGGACUGCGACCAUUUCCCAAUCGACAACGACCUGUGUAUUCCACCUGCCGGCCUCGAGAACUCUGCACCAGUGACCAAAGAGGUGCCCAGAGUGUGCGAUGCUUGCAAGGAAAGUGAUGAAAAUGACAACGAAAUUGUUGACAACCUGUGUAAGAAUGACUUUGCUCUAAAGAUCAAAGUUAAGGAGAUCUCCUACAUCAACGGUGACACCAAGAUAGUGCCGGAUACCAAGAGCAAAACCAUUUACAAGCUGAACGGCGUGACGGAGCGUGAACUGAGGAAGACGGUGCUGUGGUUGAAGGACGGCCUGCAGUGCAUCUGCGAGGAGAUGAACGACAUCAACGCUGCCUACCUGGUCAUGGGCCAGAAGAUGGACGGCCACCUGGUCAUCACCUCGCUGAAGCGCUGGCAUAAGGGACAGCGCGAGUUUAAGAGGAUUUCGCGCAGCAUCCGCAAGCUGCAGUGCUAGGAAGGGGGACACACUGCAGGUGUCACUGUUGAAGAAAACGUUUAGCUGAGCUCUUUCCAAUUACUAGGCCUUUCCAGUUGUCACACAAAUUGCAAUUAUGGUUCAUAGAUUCCUCUUUGGAUUCCAGCAAAUAUUUGGCCAGGUACUGUGUUUUCCAUUGCUUUCAGUUAAAAAUGCCCAAUAUCUUGAAAAAGGCAGUAGGCUAUUUAGCAUAUUUGGGUCUGGACAAAAACUUGCUUUGAAUUGACUCCAUAACUGUAAUUCAUAUGGAUGUUCUGAAAGGUGCUAUGUCCCAGUACACUUAAACUACAUUCAUUAAUAAGGCCACACUAUUUUCAAAGGGGAUUUGCAAGUGGCUAUACUACAUAAACUGCCCAUGUCUUCUGAGCAGGGCACACAUUUAUAUCUGGUAUAGACUUGGAAGUAAGCAAAUAUAGGAGUAAAAAAAAAAGGCACUUCAAUUGUGGUAAUCUGAGAAAUUCAUCCAUCCACUCCCAGUCAUUUUGCACUUGGCGCCCCCUAGUAGCCAGUUUUAAAGUGGUGUGUCUUUUCAUGGGGAGCUGUCUUUGAUGUUGCCUCCUUAAGAUGGUGUCCCAGGUGUGAAAGAGUCACUAACUACGUGGUUAAAGUGAAAACUAGCAGAACUGUGAAUCCAGGAUUAAAAAUAAUUUGACUCUAAAAUAACAUUGGCAGAUGUGGUCAACUGUUAAAUCCUGCAAUGAGCGUGAGUUUAAGACAUGUUCCUUCUUUCCUGGUAUUCCCUGUGAUCAGUUUCAUCAUAACACAAAGCAUUUUUUUUCAUGGGGCCUGUUGUAAAAUGAUACAUAAAUCUUCCAAAACUCCUAUAAGGAAUAAAUUACAACACACAGUCAAAGGCCUUGUCAAAUUGAGAGAGGAUGAUGGGAUGAUUAUAAAAUACUCGAGUUAAUUUUAAAAAAAACUGUGUGUAUGUUUGAGGGGGUGUAGUUAAGACUUCCAAAAGAAGGAAUUUGCAUCCAAUAAAAAACAUUCUGUUAUUGCUCCACAGAAGCAAUUACUAAAAUGUAUUGUUAUUGCAUGGUGCAUAUUGAGUGAAGCUGUGAUCCCCAUAUGGGUAGUGUGAUGUUCAAAGACAAAAUAAUGUCUGUUUUUUGUAUUCCCACCGUUUUCUCUAGCAAAAAUGAGAGAUAGCUGGCUAUAUUCUCUUCCUGUUUAACAUUUUAAUAUUCACGGUAAUCUUUUUGUGUUUGAGCCGUUCCAUAAUUUUCUACCACAGUAAGAUUAAAAAUGAAUAUUUUUCUACUCCAGACUUUAACAUUUCAUUUAAACUUCCAUGUUAAGUUUUGGGUUGCGUCUACAUCCUUUUGUUUGAUCAGUGAGAGUCAGAGUUUUCUGUAUUAGUGAUGACUAUCUGAGUUUUGGUUGGCAGCGUUGAUUUCAUGAGCAGUAACUUUUUAAGCGCAAAUACUCAUGGGCCUGUGUGUGCGCAAUGUAAAAAGUAUUUUUUGAAAGUACUGUGUAAAUAUCAAAUACUGUAUUUUAUUCUUGUAAAGUUUCUGGUGAUUAAAAGCUACCAACAAC